AUGGCUUCCGAGCUCGACUGCCUGCCACGAAGUGGCUGGAAAUCCUCGACCGCCACCGGCCACCGCGACACAGCGGGCAUCGAUGUCUACCUGUCGCUCCCGACGCCACGGCUCGUCCUCGAUCUCCGGCAAACCGACCGCUUUGCAGCGGCCCACAUCGCCCACGCCACCCACAUCUACCCUCUGCACCACAUCAAGGCGCGCUACAGCUGCCUGCCUCCUCGUACCGUACCUUUUCUCGUCAUCGCCGAUGUACGCGACCGCAUCGAGGUGCAGCAGGCGCUUAGCGGCUGCAACGUCAGGCGGCUCAUUGAGUCGGACCUGUUCAAGCAGGGGGCGAGCGACAACGGCAAACAGGACUUAUCGCUGCUCGACCUCGGGUGCGGUGCUGGCAGAGACAUGGCCUGGGUCCUGUACGGCUCGCAGCGCGAGCGGACAGCAGAUGCCGCCGGCAGUCGGCCUGGCCCACCGCCAAGGAGAUGGCGAGGCGUCGGGCUCGACAACUGGAAGGCGGUCCUGAACCGCACCGCCCUUCUCAUGGAGGAUCUCAAUCUACGCGGUGAUGGUGUGGACCUGCUGCGAGGUCGCUGUGACGCACUGGUGUGGGCCAAGUGCACAGAUGAGGGCAGCCUGGAACCGCUCGUGGGAACGGGCAAGGGCAAGACAUUCGCCCUCCCUGCGGCCGACGAGGAGCAGGCAGCGGCAUGGGCGGCAUUCGAGGGAGCCGGUCUAUCCAGGCUAUCUUCGCAGCAUCCCCCUGCUGCGCCGGACGAUCCCGGGGACGGCUUCUACGAUCUGAUCCUCUCGAUCCGCUUCUACCCCUCGACGCUCCUCGGACGGCUCCGCUCGCUGGUCCGACCGGGCGGAGCGAUCCUCGUGAGCCACUUCACCGUAGUCACGGCCGAGGAGCGCAGCCAGCUCGAGGCCGAAGUCGUCUCGGGGUCGGUCGUGGUCGACUACGACUCUCCCAGCGUCGAGGGGCGGCUGGGACCUCGAGAUGCCGAGGCACUGGCGAUCCGUUGGAACCAGGAGGAAGAAGCCGCGCGAGGGGCGGACGGCAACAGGGUGAGGUGUCGCUGGAGGGUCCAGCAGAACCUCCUCGAGCCUAUCGAGGAUGGUCGGAUUGUGCGUAGCGUCGUCCUCCAACGGUGCCUCGAGGCGGUAAUCGAAACGUGA